UAUUAAGCAAACUGCGGGGCACAUUGCAACAGAGAAACAUUUAAUUAGAGUCAGGAUCCAGGACAAGUAGGAACGAUAGAACGUAGUCUAGAGAUAUGUUGUGGUAUUCAUCGCUGCAGAGUCGGGGUAGUUAGUUGGAGAAUUUGCGCCGGAUUUCCUGUCCCGUGAAACUGACCAGGAGGUAGAAAUGCAAUACCCUGUUAACUUGAGAACACAGAGACUUUAAAGGAUUGGUGCAUUCCCAAAAUUGUCACCAUGUCGAGCGCUGGACUAGCAGCACAGGAGAUUCGCAAUCCACUGAGUAACUGCUUCAUGUGUGGCAGUCACGAUGUCAUCAAUGCCAAAAGUUGCUGGAAUCAAUCAAGCACCUUGGACAACAUCUUCUAUACGGACCCCACAGCUAUGACCUGCGCUUUGAAUGCUGCUCCCCAUCAACCGCCCUACAUCAUAAGUUCAACCAACCCAGGGCAAGAAAUUGAGCCACUUGGGCUGAACAGCCACUGUUGUUUUGGGAGUUGCCUCAGAUCAUCCUUCCACAAGCUGAGGCCACCUCCUCUGAAAAUGCCCAACAGCGAGGAACCAUUUGUACAGUUGGAGAAAGAUCAGCUGCUUUCCCAUUUUAAGAGACUCUCUGUGAAUAGCACUAUACUGUCACCACCUCAAACACCAGUGAAAGGGGUAACUCCACCAACUAAUUCUGGGUGUACCAGUGACCGAAGCUCUAAGCCACUCCCUCCGCUGCCUGUCACUGGUGAUGUGCCUUUCGACGAUGUUGACAGUGAGGUUGAAUCCAUUACGAGCUCUGAAACCGACUCCCUUUUGCAGGACUGCAGGCCGCUGAGCUUCAGGUACAGUAUUCCAAGCAGAAGGAGCUUCCGUGGGUGUGGGCAGACCAACUAUGCCUACUCAGAAAGUGCUAACAGCACUGGGUUGCUAACAAGUUGUCAUAUGGUGAAAGAUACUAACCUGGAAAACAUAGAGGUUGCUGAGAAACCUGUUCAGCCUCACCGCAAAUUACGACGUUCACAUUCAGGUCCGGCUGGAUCUUACAACAAACCUGUUGUGUUGAAGAAUCCAACCUGCUUAUCACCAAACUCCAGCAAGGUGAAGCCUGAGGUCCCUCCUCGAGUCCCCAUACCCCCAAGGCCGGUGAAACAUGAUUACCGGAGAUGGUCUGCAGAGGUGAUGUCAGGCAUGUAUUGUGACGAGGACAGGCCACCAAAGGUUCCUCCACGGGAACCUUUGUCCAGAAAUAACUCACGCACCCCAAGUCCUAAAAGCCUCCCGGCCUACCUCAAUGGAGUGAUGCCACCCACACGAAGCUUUGCACCUGAUCCUAAAUAUGUCAGCAACAAAGUCCUGCAGCGGCAGAGCAAUGACACGGCAGGCACAAGAGUGCCAUGCAUUUUACCAAUUAUGGAAGAUGGGAGGAAGGUGAGCUCUACACACUACUACUUGCUCCCUGAGAGGCCUUCCUACCUGGACAAGUUUCAGAAAUACUUUGUGGAGGCCCAGGGCACAUGGGAAUCAAAUGAUUGCACAGCAGAGGGCUUCAAGACAUUUGCAUUGACCAAGCCGGAGACAGUAAAACGGAAACCUGUUGCCUAUGUAGAAUCUCCUUAGAUUUUAAUGUCUCUCAGAAGGUCAACAAAAAAAUGGCAACAGCAAGGGAUAGUCCCAGGAUAAUCAAGGCCAUUGGUUUGCAGUUUCCAUAGAAAAAUAGAUGGAAUCACAGAAUGUGAUCUCAAAACCAGCAAAAAUUCAAUGUAAUAAAAGUGGAAUUUAACUUACCAGUCACUGCAAAACCCGAGGCCCUUGAACCAGUCAGUAUCCAGGUUGCCUGUACAGUAGUUUUACAGUAGACCUUUUCACCAGAACGUCUCAUAACUGGUGUUGUUUUUAUUGCACUUUAUCUACUUUUUGGAACUUUGCAACAGACAGUGAACACAUUGAGCACAAUGCCUUAUACCUCGGAGAAAGCAUAACAUUCAUUUUAGACGUGGAGGACCUUCCCAGGCAGUGAAUCUCAUGUGAAAUAAGCAAAACACAAUCAAGACUUUAUUUUUAUGACCGAAACUUUUGUGAUUUAUUACCUAACUGUCCAGAGACUCUUGUGAGUAAGAACUGCAACAAUUGUUAGUGGGCAGUGUACAGAUGAUCAUGCUUAAUAUCAAUCCAGCUCAGGGAUGCUCAAUGAAGGUCACCUCUCACUUAACUAUUUUAAGUGAAAAGUAUUAUGCUAAAGUGAAGGGAUUUGAUUAUAAGUUUUUAAGCACAGAAACUGCCACAAGUUCAUGUCUCUGCCCCUUUAUCCCCCUCCCCAGUAAUUCACAGCAUGUGUGUUGGGGAAGUGAAGCAGCCGAAGGUCAGAGAGAAUGGAGUCAGUGAUCCAUUUUGUUAAAAGUUUAAUAAUCUUUUCACUGUCAUUUCUGUCUCUGCACCUGAGGGUGUGCUCCUUCCUGUUUUGAGUGGAACUGAUACAGCCGUGAAUGCGGCACAGGAGGAUGGGCUUGUCUUAUUAGGAAUCUGUUCAUAAUCUGGUGUUCGCUGUUCGUCAGCACUAGUAGAUUACCUACACUUUUUAAGGUACACCCAAAACAGCAUCUGCAUUUUAAAAAUAUAAACCUACAAAAGGUUACAGAUGUCACCUUUAGGGCAGGAGAUUGUUGGCAUGUGUUCCCCCGACUGCCCUCAGAUGCCAGACCCAAGUGCCCAUUCUACAUGUGAUUGUGACUCAUUGGCCAGCAGGGCAUCACAGUUCAGCCUAAUCCUGCCCUUGUGUGUUCCUAAAUAGUGAUUAGCUGCAGGGCCCUUGGCUCCUUAUCAGCAGCAGUGAAGUCCAUAGUAGCCAGCAACUACUUCCCAGAAGUUCCUGCUUUCACUAUUGGGUGCUAUUUGGGGAUGGAUGUGGUUUGUGCAUGUGGCUCAUGUGCUGCCUUUUAAGCCUGCAGAUGAUCCAAAGCUUGGCCUCCUCCUGAGUCAGCACUUAGUGUAAGCUAAGAGUGAACUGGAAGGGAAGAGAGACAAGGAAAAAAUAUUCAGAAAGAGGUGACUGAGAUGAUGUUGGACCUUCCCAUCCCAACGUUAAAGCUCCCUGCAGGUUGGUACUGAGAUGCAAGGCAGCUUCAGCCGCAGGCUGUCUCAGAACUCAAACAACCCCCUCAUAGACAUGGGGAAUUGAGUUAAAUGGGGAACAAGGAGACCCAUGAAUAAACAGUAGGCUACUAAAAUAGAACAAAAUGGGGUGGGCGAUGAAGGGUAGUAUGGUGAGAGACUCAGUACUAACCUGCAGAUCAGUUUACAUGAUAGAUGACUAAGGACUUACAUGAAGGAUCAGUGCAGUUGCUUGUGUUUGAGAAUAGUUUUACAUGUUUAGUGACUCAAUUAACUGUAUGUAACAUAAAUGAAGGCCUAUAAUUCCGCUCUUGUAUCAUUGGCUAUAACGUAUCGUAUUUCUAUAAUAUUUGUUGAAAUGCCGCAGAAAGACGUUUGUUCCUGUGGUCUGUGCAGUAUUAUUGGGAUAUCAUUAAUUACAUUAUUUUAAAAAAUC